AAUGAAAGCAGUGGAUGGAAACACAUGAACUGUAGCUUCAGGCUGAAGUAAUAUCAGGUGCAUCUCUACACCCUCAGGGCUCAACUCCUACACUUUUAAGUCCCUCCCAUUGAAACAGCCUCCUUCAGUUUCACUUAACAAUCAAGCAGCAAACAGGUACUUCUCUCUCAACACUGACAGCAACAGUUUAACAACCCUGAACAUCUUGGAUCUCAGCUGCCGAAUUCACAGUUUCCUGGUGCAAGCGCUGUUUUCUCCUGACUCUUUCCAGAAGGAUAACUGGUUUCAAAUCAAGUCUAUCAAGAACCUGUUAUCUGAGUUAGAAGGAAGCCUGAAAAACAUAAAUCAAACACCUGAUAGCAAAUUACCAAAAGGGGAACUCUACAUCUCAUAACAAGAACAGCAAUGAGCCUUCUAAAGGAGCGUAAACCAAAAAAGCCUCAUUAUAUCCCAAGGCCUCCAGGAAAACCAUUUAAAUACAAGUGUUUUCAAUGUCCCUUCACUUGCAAUGAGAAAUCACACCUUUUCAAUCAUAUGAAGUAUGGGCUUUGCAAAAAUUCAAUAACUUUAGUGUCUGAACAGGACCGUGUUAUCAAGUGUUCAAAAUCCAAUUCUUUGGAGCCUAAGCAGAUCAAUCAGGUAGAACCUACAGCCAAGCCAACUUCCUCUAAAGCCCUGUCAGAUCUUGAUUCUAAACCUCAAUAUGCUUUUGUCAAAGAUGACACCAAGGAAAACAUGGAAGUUCAAAACCAAGCAACAAGUAAGUUGGUACAUGUGCAAAAACCAUCAAUUCAGAAGGAGCUAACUUCUGCUGGUAAUGAAGAAGAAAGUACAGCCAACAUGCAAACUGGCCUUGAAAGCAUCGUAAGACCCUCUGCAUUUGUCCCUGUAAGAGAGCAUCGGAACAGUAAAGACAGUAAUGAUAUAUCGCAGUUGACAUCUCUUUCCGAUUCGAACAAAGGCUCACUCUUCCACACAAAGUCAGCAUUUCAUGCUCCAAACAAUCCAUGGAAAACAGGGUCCACACUUAUUGCACCAGAUUUUUCUCAAAAAAUUCCUCCAGCAAAAGGUUUUACUUCAAUUCCAUCUUACAUGCAGCCUAUGAUUCCAGAAUAUUCUCCUCUGUAUGAGCAUGGAUUAGCAAUCUAUGCACCUUGCUUUCUUCCAGGUAACUCUCAUGAGUGUGAAAGUUCAGUGCUCAACGUCUACAGCUCUCAAGAUCAAAGACAUUUUCUUCCUCAUCCUAGCCCUCUUCCCAAACCAAUAAACCCAGCAACUUAUGAACAUUAUCGCUUAUUCCAGCCGUAUCAUUCUAAUCCCCCAGUGCCAUAUGGAUUUUGUAGGCCAACAGAACCAGCAUUUUACAGGCUUCCACAUAUUGCUAGUAUUAAUAGAGACCCAAGUUCUCAUUUAAUAGAGGAAUCAACUUUGCUAUACCCACAUUCUUCAAGUCCUGCCAGGUCACAUUCACUGAAUUCUCACAAAAAAGCAGCUGAUUAUGAAAAAGAAAUUUCUUUGUUGCACAACAAAAACAAUUCCAAAGAGGACCAAAAUGAAAGAGAAAAUGCCAAAAUGAGUCCACGUGCUGGAAGUGCAGCAACAGGGUCCCCAGGCAGACCCAGCCCAACAAACUUCACUCAGACAAGCCAUGCUUCUGAAGGCCUUUUUGAUCUUUCUAGCAAGUCAUCUUCCAUUAGUAUUAGCAAGUAUGAUCAAUCUGAAGAGAACUUUACAGCAUUCAGACCUGUAAGGAAAAGUACAGACCAAUCUACUCUGUCUCUGCCAAAGGAAGACAGAGGCCAUUCACCCAGAAGCAGUGGUAUCACUAGUGAAAAUGAAAAUAUACAGCAUGCCAGUGAUGGUAAUGAGGAGCCCCUGGACAAUUCCGAUGACGACACAGGCAUAGCACCACUUAAUCUUUCCAAGAAGCCAGCUGCAAACAUUAUUCAUGAAAGUAUGUGUACACACAUUAUCCAGAUGGAAAACCAGAACUUCAUGGAGCUGCAGGAAAUGCCUCUGAAUCUCUCAGUAAAGGACAACUGUAACAUAAAAACAUUAUCCCAGAACACAUCAUAUGAAGCUGAAGACCCUGGACCUUUAAAACCUGAAAAUGCAAAUUUGGGAGCAGAGGUUUGCAACUCUGAUGAUUCCAUGGGCAGGGGCUGCUGUGAUAAGCCUCUUCCUGUGAUGCAGAGGAAAGAAGCUCAGAAACUCAGGACAAUUGACAACUGUGAUGAACAGAAACAAACUGCAGCUGUUGCGCUUUGUCAGUUAGCUGCCUAUAGCCCUAGUAAAGUCCAAAUGGAGAAUGCAGAGAAAAGUAAUCAAAACAACAAUUCUCAGUAUAUGGAACCUGCUCCCGAACCUUCAGAUACUCAGGACAAUAACUGCAGUCAAAAAGCAAGGGGGCAAAAAAGGACCAAUCAAAGAGAAGUGGCAAAACUGCAGCAAGGAGCAAAAAGAGUAAGAACGAAUGACUGCAGUAGAGUGUUUACUCUGAGAAAGAGAACCAGAGUAUCAUAAUAGUUCACUUUCUAAUGCUCUACCAAGUACUUAAGAGAACAGUUGCCAACAACGCUAUCCAUCAGAAAGCCAAAACUUUACAAUUUCUAUUUUUCAGUUGAGCUGACUGUUUGAUCCCUCCAAGUAACAUGUAAAUAUAAACUGUCUUUAAUUUGUAUUUAUGUUUUAAAGCAACCCCAAUAUCCCCUGAACCUGAUUUCUCCAUAACCUGGUUUUCUAAGUGAACAUUUAAAUGUAAACUGAAGUUGGAUUGUAAGUGCACUAUAGUGGGAUGACUUUUACAUCCACUUUUAUUUCAAAAGGUGUAGUCUUCAAAAGCAGGAAAAUAUCACCCAUGACAUAUCAAUACCAUACCAUGUCUGUGACUUCAUUCUCAAGUCGUUUAAAGGUUUUUGUUGUUGUUGUUCAAUUAGGGAU